CUGGGGAAAAGCGAUGGAAUACAAAGCGAUCAGCUUCAGGGAAAGCUUUUUAUAACGAAAAUGUUUAAUGAAAUUUCUUCAGAAUUGAUCACCAGCACUAAAGAUGAUUUGAUAACAACUGGAAAUGUAAAUUACAAAAUAAACAUUAGAGCUUUGGGAAUAAUUUCCACGGUUUUACAACUUCCUUUCGAGAACCACAGCGCCCUUCAACAAAGCUAUGAUCCUUUUAUUGACAUGUGGAGGGUACAACAUUAUCUAGGUCAAUUACUCUUUUGUUUACCUAUAGGGAGGACAACAACAUUAGCAACAUCAACGGACCUUGGGGUUAUUGGCUUCACUAAGUGUCACAGACAAUUGCGUCCAAGUGACUUGACUUCCGUACGAUCGAGAACGGCUAUAGACAAUUUUCUUUCGAACAAAUCAAAUAUACUCUGUGGCAACAUGUUGAGAGAGUUAAAUGAAGUGAAAUAGCCGAUGCGAUUUCCAAAACUUCCAUCCGCUUGGUUACCGAACCGAUACAGGAAAUACGCAAAGGGCUGACAGACGGAUCAGGGUAAGAUGGAAUGGUUAAGGGCAUGAAGAAAUGCCAAGAUCAUGUACAAGAGAACGAUAGGUUUGUAACUUUUAUCAGUAAAAG